AUGAGAGUGAGGUUAGUAACGUUACCAUGACAUUUUAAUUAAUUGGAAUCUCAGUGUUUUAGCUACGUUAACAAUGGUAUAUUGAGUUAACGUUAACUUCGCAAACUUAUUUCCUGAUUAGUUAACGCUAGCCCGUCGAUCUUAGAUAAAGCUAGCUAGCUUUAGCUACUGUGAGCAGACGCACACAGCUUGUGUCACGUUGGGACGAAGUAACGUUUGCCGUAACGCUAUGCAAUGUGUAUGCCGCAAUGAGUAAUUUUGAAUGUGAAGUCCACGCAGCAGAGUCUGUUGCCUACCUCAACAGAGCACUGAUCAGGUUGCAGGAUAUUUGGGAAGAAAUCGGGAUUCCAGAGGAACAACGCCUAGAUAGAACCAAUGAUAUGCACAAGCACAUUAAAGGUCUGCUGGACCUAAUGAUUGCGGAAGAAGGGGAGCUCAAGAAGAGAUUACUGAAAAACAUACAGUUACAUAAUAAGGAAGUUAAUGAUUUGUGCAGGGAACUUCAGCUGCCCCCCUUUGAGGAGGAAGAUGGCUGCACCAUGUUGCAGAUGGAGAAGAAUAGCCGCACACGUCUGGAUGUGAUGAGGGAGCACAAGAAGCAAAGAAUGGAAGAGCUUAAGGGCCUCAUUGGCAAAGACCUUGAGCUGUGUGAUAUUAUGUGCACUACCCCAUUUUGCAUUGACAAGGACUCCGUCCCAUCACUGAAGCAACUUGAGACGUAUCGUGCCUACCUGGAUGAUCUGACCAAAGAGAAGGAACGUCGUCAUGAUAAUUUUGUGAGUGUCAAAAAGGAGAUCAUCGUAUACAUGGAUGAUCUGGAGCGGCACCCUGAGACCAGUUUUGAGAUGGAUGUGAUGUGUGAGGACGAGGAGGAAUUUUGUCUGUCAAAUGACAACAUUGAUGCUCUUAAACUACUACUUUGUCAGUUACAAGAACGCAAGGCUGAGAAUGAGCUCUGUUGUUCAGCUUUCCGGACUAAGAUCCAGGAGUUGUGGGAAAGACUUGAGAUUCCCCAAGACGAGAGGGAAGCCUUUUCUGAGCAUAUGGUCAAUUCAAAGAAGAGAAACAUGGAGGCACUCCAGGAUGAGGUCCAGCGUCUAGAGGUGCUGAAAAUGCAGAGCAUGAGCCGUGUCAUUGGGGCCAUCAGAGCGGAGAUUGCCCUUUUCUGGGAGAGAUGCUUUUACAGCCAAGAACAGCAGCAAGCAUUUGUUCCAUAUCAUGACGAGGAUUUUACUGAAGAGCUUCUCAACCUGCAUGAGGCGGAGGUCAGGACCCUGAAGAAGUGUUACGAGGACCACAGAGAACUCUUUGAGGGAGUCACAAAAUGGCAGGAGAACUGGACCUUGUACUUGGAACUUGACAAAAAGGCCAAUGACCCCUCAAGGUUCAACAACAGAGGUGGGAACCUUCUGAAAGAAGAGAAACAGAGAGCUGACCUGCAGAAAAGUUUGCCUAAGCUGGAAAAGAGUCUUAAAGCCCAAAUUGAUGUUUGGGAGCAGAAGCAUGGCAAGGAAUUCAUGGUCAAUGGACAGAAAUUUCUUGAGUACGUGCAGCAGCAGUGGGAUCACCACCACACUGAAAAGGAGAAAGAGAAACUGGAAAGGCAAAUGAAGAAAACUAAACAGACACAGGAGGACAUGUUAUAUGGAACUUCAAUGAGAACGCCAUCCAAAAGGCGGUUAGCAGGGACUCCCACGCCUGGAAAAGUAAGAAAGGUCAAUGUCACCUCGACCAUCUCCACUCCUAACAGUUUCCUUAGUUCAGGCCUCGGUGGAACCAUGUGCCAGUCCUCCAUCCAGAAACCACCUCUGUCUGCCAGCAAGGGUCUUGGCCUGCGAACCCCUGGACAUGGAAAGACUCCCCGUGCACUAGAGCGAAACAAGGAAAACAUCUCCCAUCUUAGAAACACUCCAAGUGGCACACUAAGGUCUCAGGAUACUCAAGAUCACACCUUCACCUUUAACUCUGUUGCUGGGUCCUAUUCGGAAUUUGCGAGAGACCUCUCGAAGGCUUCUCAAUCGAACGUGAAGUCAGGAGUGCUGAACUCCACUGUCGGUCAUCAGUGAUGGGUAAAAGGAGCGGCUCUGGAAGUCAUCCAGCUCAGCGGUAGUUUGGUGUAGUGCUUUAAUGUAAACAAUGUAAAUAUUUCAAUCUUUGAACAUUUCGAAUCUCUAUUGAUCCUCUCUUCUUAACUUUAUUUCAGGGUUACAGUUUUCUCUGUAUCUACUGUUGCAAGUUAAUGAUAUUUGCACCAAGGUUUUUUAUUUUACAUUUUUAUUUUAGGGGUUACAGCCUUUUAAAGUUGAACAUUAUUAACCAUAUCUAGAGCACUACGUUUAGUACUGUAGCAGCUAGCCAACACACCAUGCUUUUAUUCCUCCAGCUGGGAUGACAGCUAAAUUAGCUUUUCAGAAACGAAAUAUUUUAAGUGCUUUUUUAAAAUCUGUAAAUAAAUGCUUAUGAAAUAAA